AAAUCAACGCAACCUCAAAACAAUAUAUCUAGACUCUUCUUUACCUACUGUGAAAUCGCGUGAAUCCGUUCGUUUCAUCAUCUCUGUCGUCACCUAUGGCUGCUGUGGAAGUUGAAAUUCCGGUAACCGAACAACCGCCGGCGACUGAGGAGUCCAAGCUGGCGACCGAGGAAACUAAGCCGGUAGAUAAGCCUGUGAGAGAGAAGAAACCUAGGGUCUCGAAGGAGAAAAAACCUAAACAGCCAAAAACUGCUUCGCAUCCUCCUUAUUUUCAGAUGAUCAAGGAGGCGCUGUUGGCCCUGAACGAUAAGAGUGGUUCGAGUCCGUAUGCAAUAGCGAAGUACAUGGAGGGGAAGCACAAGGCAGUGCUGCCGGCGAAUUUCAGGAAAACCUUGGCUCUGCAGCUUAAGAACUCUGUAGCCAAAGGCAAGCUCAUCAAGAUCAAGGCCUCGUACAAGCUCUCUGAGGCAGGGAAGAAAGAGAAAGGAACAGAAAAGGCACCGAAGGCUAAAACAGAGAAGAAGACGAAACAAGAAUCGAAGCCUAAGAAAUCUGAGGCUGCAAAGAAGCCAGCAAAGAAAGUAAGUACGAAGAAGACAAAGACUCCUGCGAAGCCUAAGCAACCAAAGUCCAUCAGGUCCUCUGCUGCUAAGAGGGCCAAGAAAGCUACUGCACAAGUGUAGAAAUUAGCUAUUAGGUUUGUAGAUAUUUAUUAGGAUGUUUUUGUGAAGUAUGUGGCUUUGGUACAAGGCAACCUAUGUUUUGCAGGGAUGUAACAAACGGUGGUUUUCUGGCUUUUGUCAUCUGCAGUGGGAUAGAAUGGUUUCUCUUCUGUAGUUUGGUGUUUUGAAUAAUAAAUUAAUGAAAAUCGCUGUCUAAA